AAUAAUUCACCAUAAAAAUUCGAUAUUAGCACCUCAAGAGGCCCACAAAUUUUGCAAUAUAUUCCAAGUCCGAAGUUCCGAACUUUUCCUUGCAGAAAAACUCCACACCUUUCGAUUCAAGAAAAAUGAAUAUCCUCCCUCUCGUAUCUGCUAUAAUUCUCACCAUUUUUUGUUGUUCUUGUUUGAUUUUUGCUCAGCAGCCCUACGAGGGACAGGCCUUCUCAGAUUGUAACAACCCAGAAACUUACUCAAAAUCUGUUCUUGGCUACACCUGCAAUGGAGCAAGCAAGAGUUGCCAAACAUUCCUCACCUUCAGAUCCCGGGCGCCUUACAACGCGGUCUCUGCCAUCUCCAAACUGCUGGCUUCCGACCCGUCUCCGCUGGCGGAGGUAAAUUCGGUUUCUGAGACUGCAACGUUCGAAACCAACAAGUUGGUGAUUGUUCCGAUUAAUUGCUCCUGCUCAGGUGAGUAUUAUCAGCUAAACACAUCUCAUGUUGUUGUCAAUGGCGAUACCUUUUUUAUCAUUGCGAAUAACACAUUGCAAGGCCUUUCGACAUGUCAAGCUAUGUUGAAUCAGAAUGGUAAUCGAACUGCAGAAGACUUGUCUAUUGGUGAUAGACUCAAUGUUCCUCUUAGAUGUGCUUGUCCCACAAAGAACCAAACUGAUCUAGGUUUCAAGUAUCUUUUGACUUACUUAGUUGCCCCAGACGAUUAUGUUUCAUUGAUCAGCAAUAGAUUUGGAUCAUUUGGUUCAGAUACAGGGAGAACUCUCGAAGCUAACGGCCUUCCGGAGCAGGGUUCCACAAUUUAUUCCUUCAGCACACUCUUAGUUCCUUUGAAGAACCCUCCAAAUAAUUCUCAAACCGUAGAGCCUCCCUCGUCAUCACCAUCACCUCCGGCAACACCUCCACCUCCACCUCCACCUCCCUCCAAUAACUCAAACAAAACAUGGGUUUACGCCCUUGUUGGGGUUCUUGGAGGAGGUGGGCUUGUAUUGGUCAUAGGCGUUAUUAUCUUUUGCGUAUUUUUCCGCAGAAGUACUAAGAAGGGCUUCGAUCCAGUUAUCGCCUCAGAGAGCUUUGAGGCACUUGAGAAACCACAAGAGAAGGUGGAGGAAGAAGGAUCUCGGGACUUCCUAGAGUCCUUAUCUGGCAUAGCUCAAUCCCUCAAAGUUUACAAAUUUGAGGAACUGCAACGCGCAACAGAUGGUUUUAGCACUGCUUAUUUGAUUAAAGGGUCUAUUUAUCGCGCCAAAAUUAAUGAGGAUUUGGCAGCCAUUAAGGAGAUGAAUGGAGAUGUGUCCAAAGAGAUAAAUUUACUAAAAAAAGUCAGCCAUUCCAAUAUCAUUCGCCUCUCUGGAGUUUGUUUUAAUGACGGACAUUCGUAUCUUAUCUACGAGUAUGCUGUCAAUGGACCCUUGAGUGAUUGGAUUUACAACAGUAGCAAUGACGGGAAGUUCCUGAAUUGGACACAGAGAAUACAGAUUAUGCUGGAUGUGGCCUCAGGGCUUCACUAUCUCCACAGCUUCACCACUCCUCCCCAUGUCCACAAGGAUGUAAUGAGCAGUAACAUUCUUCUUGACAGCGAUUUCAGGGCCAAGAUUGCAAACUUCGGUCUAGCAAGGUCAACAGAAGCGCCGGAAGGUGAGUUUUCUUUGACAAAUCACAUUGUCGGAACAAUAGGCUACAUGGCUCCUGAGUACUUGGAAAAUGGCUUGAUAUCCCCAAAGCUUGAUGUCUACGCAUUUGGCGUUCUCAUGCUGGAAAUACUCACUGGAAAAGAGGUUGCUAUGUUUUACGAUCUCUUGUCUGAUGUUGUAAACUCUGUGCUUAACAACAAAGACGGAGGUCAGAGUUUGAGGGAGUUCAUGGAUCCUUCUAUGCAAGAGAGUUAUCCUCCAGAACUUGCUGUGUUCGUGAUCAAACUGAUUGAUAACUGCUUGAACAAAAACCCCGCUGCUCGCCCGGGCAUGGAGGAGAUUGUACAGCUUCUGUCCAGAACCUUGAGCAAUUCACUGAGUUGGGAAUUGUCAAGCAACAUCUCAGGCUACAAAACUUUAGUGGGAGUUCUUGGUAGUACCGAAACUGGAACAGGAUCUCAUUCAACUACUUAGUUUAAAUUUGGAUUUUAUUGUAAUUUACUGCUUCUCUUUCUCUUUUUCCAAUUAAGAUUCAUAUGCUGCUAUUGUGUAUAAGUUAUGGAAAAUUCUUCGGAUAUGCAGCAGUAAAAAGCCUCAGGCAAAUUUCCAUAAAAAUAAGCCAAUGACUGGAAGAAAUGUUUUGACAUAGAAAAAUGAUCUGUUUCUUGCAGAAUUAUAUGUGUCUUGGCCCGAUCCCGAGAUACGUUCAGUUU